GCUUUUGAGUGCUGCCUCCUGAUUGGCCUAGGGAAUGCUGCUGUUGGGGAAUAAUGUGUGAAUACCAUCUGCUCCGAGGAGCUGGGAGCCUCAGCGAAUUUUGCUUGGAGAGGCACCUUUAGCCAGGACUACAGGCAAGGGGAACAGCCUUGCUUUUGCUGUUUGUUAGCCGAACUUAGUUGUGCCUUUAGUUCCUUUCUGCUUCCCUGUUAAACUUUUUUGUGCUUUGCUCAAGGGUGAAGCAGAGGUGCUUCUCCUGUGGGUUUUGGGGUUGUUUUUUCUUUGCCUUUUUUUUUUUUUUUUUUUUUUUUUUUUUUCCUGCAUGGGAUUUCUUCUGGGGUUCAGAAUGCACACAAAGUGGGGAAAUAAAUCAGCAAGUUUUGCAGCUGUUUAUUGCGGUGCAGCAGUCAGCAUGGAAUGUCUGAGCUGCCUUGAGAAACUACUUCUAACAAUUUGACCUGCUUAUAAAAGAGUCCCCCCCGGAGAGGUGCGGGCAGAGGCGCAGCAUGCCCAGCGGGGUCCCUGAGAAGAACCCCACCAUGGAGCCUGCAGCCACGACACCUUUCCGGGUCACGGGGUUCCUCAGCCGUCGGCUUAAAGGCUCCAUCAAAAGGACAAAGAGCCAACCGAAGCUCGAUAGGAACAGCAGCUUCCGGCACAUUUUACCUGGCUUCAGGAGCGUGGACAAUGAAAGAUCCCAUCUAAUGCCGAGGCUGAAAGAAUCGCGCUCCCACGAGUCUUUGCUCAGUCCCAGUAGUGCUGUUGAGGCUCUGGAUCUCAGCAUGGAGGAAGAAGUGGUCAUCAAGCCGGUGCACAGUAGCAUCCUGGGACAAGACUACUGCUUUGAGGUGACGACUUCAUCAGGAAGUAAGUGCUUCUCGUGUCGUUCUGCAGCAGAGCGAGAUAAAUGGAUGGAAAACCUGCGGCGUGCCGUGCACCCAAAUAAGGACAACAGCAGAAGGGUAGAGAAUAUGUUAAAGUUAUGGAUUAUUGAAGCCAAGGACCUGCCAGCUAAGAAAAAGUACCUGUGUGAAUUAUGCCUGGAUGACGUUCUUUAUGCACGAACUACCUGUAAAUUGAAAACUGAUAACGUCUUUUGGGGGGAGCACUUUGAAUUUAAUAACCUCCCAUCGCUCAAAAACAUUACGGUGCACUUAUACAAAGAGACUGACAAGAAGAAAAAGAAGGACAAGACCAAUUUCAUUGGACAGGUGAACAUCCCUGUCAGCUCCGUCACGGGCCGGCAGUUUGUGGAGAAAUGGUACCCCGUGGUCAGCCCCAACCCCGGGAAGGGCAAGUCCCCAGGGCCCAUGAUCCGCAUCAAGUCACGCUACCAGAGCAUGAGCAUCCUUCCCAUGGAGAUGUACAAGGAGUUCGCCGAGUACAUCACGAACAAUUACAUGGUGCUGUGCUCGGUGCUGGAGCCCUCGCUGAGCGUGAAGAACAAAGAGGAGAUGGCGUCCGCGCUGGUGCACAUCCUGCAGAGCACAGGCAAGGCCAAGGAUUUCUUGACUGACCUGAUGAUGUCUGAAGUUGAUCGCUGUGGUGAGAAUGAGCAUCUCAUUUUCAGGGAGAACACACUAGCCACCAAAGCAAUCGAAGAAUACCUGAAGCUGGUGGGGCAGAAAUACUUGCAAGAUGCCUUAGGGGAAUUCAUCAAGGCUCUGUACGAAUCAGAUGAAAACUGUGAGGUGGAUCCCAGUAAGUGUUCGUCUUCGGACCUUCCCGAACAUCAGAGCAACCUGAAGAUGUGCUGCGAGCUGGCCUUCUGCAAGAUCAUCAACUCCUACUGUGUCUUCCCAAGGGAGCUCAAGGAAGUUUUCGCCUCGUGGAGACAAGAAUGCAGCAACCGUGGCCGCCCAGACAUCAGCGAGCGACUGAUCAGUGCCUCCUUGUUCCUGCGGUUCCUGUGCCCGGCUAUCAUGUCCCCUUCCCUCUUCAGUCUCCUGCAGGAGUACCCGGACGACCGCACUGCGCGCACUUUGACCCUCAUUGCCAAGGUCACCCAGAACCUCGCCAACUUCGCCAAGUUUGGCAGCAAAGAGGAAUAUAUGUCCUUCAUGAAUCAGUUCCUGGAGCAUGAAUGGACUAACAUGCAGAGGUUUCUCCUGGAGAUUUCCAAUCCAGAAACCAUCUCAAACACAGCUGGCUUCGAAGGCUACAUUGACCUGGGCCGGGAGCUGUCCACUUUGCACUCGCUGCUCUGGGAAGUCAUUUCUCAGCUGGAGCAGGGCACUGCAACAAAACUCGGGCCUCUGCCUCGGAUCCUGAGGGAUGUCAACACGGCGCUCAGUAACCCAGCCUGCGUGCAGGUCUCAGUCACAGCUGACCACGCUGCAUCCACUCCUAACGCUGGCAACAGCAUCUCGGCGGGGCUACAGAAAAUGGUGAUAGAGAAUGACUUAUCUGGUCUGAUAGAUUUCACCCGGUUACCAUCUCCAACCCCUGAAAACAAGGACUUGUUUUUUGUCACAAGGUCUGCUGGGGCCCAGCCCUCGCCUGCCCGAAGCUCCAGUUACUCAGAGGCCAAUGAGCCCGACGUGCAGAUGUCUAACGGCAGCAAGAGUUUGUCCAUGGUGGACUUGCAGGACAAUCGGCUCUUGGACAGCGGGGCCAACGCGCCCAGCGCUGCCGACUCCCUCAAUGACAGUCAGUCGUCCCUCGGGCAGUUGCAGGGUGUAUGGACCGCACGGACUCAGCAGAGCAGCGUGACGGGCAUGGCCACCGUGCGCCGGGUGGGCCAGACGCCCACCACGCCGAGCGGCGAGAGCGCGCCCGGCCGGCCCCAGCUGCUGGCGCCGCUCUCCUUCCAGAACCCCGUGUACCAGAUGGCGGCCGGGCUGCCGCUCUCCCCUCGCGGCCUGGGCGACUCCGGCUCCGAGUGCCACAGCUCGCUCAGCUCCCACAGCAACAGCGAGGAGCUGACGGCCAACAAGCUCGGCUUCGCCGGCCCCGCCGCCAGCGAGGACUUCACGCGCCGGACGGGGGAGCUGGCCCGGCGGCAGCUCUCGCUGACCGAGAAGGGCGGCCAGCCCACCAUGCCGCGCCAGAACAGCGCGGGACCGCAGAGGCGGAUAGACCAGCCACCCCCGCCGCCCCCGCCGGUCACCCGGGGCAGGACGCCGCCCUCCCUGCUGAACACGGUCCAGUACCAGCGACCCUCCAGCGGCAGCAUGAUGUCCUCCUCGCCCGACUGGCCCGGCAGCGGGGCCCGCCUGCGGCAGCAGUCCUCCUCCUCCAAGGGCGACAGCCCCGAGAUGAAGCAGCGCACGAUGCACAAACAGGCCCCUUCUCCUGUGAACCCCAAUGCCCUGGACCGCACUGCUGCUUGGCUUUUGAAUAUGAACAUGCAGUUUUUAGAAGAUGAAAGCAUUGACCCAGAUUCCAAGCACAGGGAUAAGCUCAGGAAUAAGGACGAGCUCAGCCAAGCAGAAAAGUACCAGCAGGACCUAGUGGUGCUGCAGGACAAGCUUCGUAUCUCCAACAAGAAGCUGGAGGAGUAUGAGACGCGCUUCAAAUGCCAGGAGGAGACGACGCAGAAGCUGAUGCUGGAGUACCAGGCCAGGCUGGAGGAGAGCGAGGAACGGCUCCGGAGACAGCAAGAGGAUAAGGAGAUCCAGAUGAAGGGCAUCAUCAGCAGGCUGAUGUCAGUUGAGGAGGAGUUAAAGAAGGACCACGCAGAAAUGCAGGCUGCCGUGGACUCCAAGCAGAAGAUAAUUGAUGCACAGGAGAAACGCAUUGCUUCACUGGAUGCUGCCAACGCACGGCUAAUGAGUGCCCUUACUCAGCUGAAAGAGAGGUACAGCAUGCAGACACGUAAUGGGAUCUCCCCCACAAACCCAACUAAAUUGCAGAUUACAGAGAAUGGAGAAUUCAGAAACAGCAGUAAUUGUUAACCCGUGGAGGGCGCUGCCGCAGGAGAGGAGGCCUGGCCAGAGGGACCGUGCAGCAGCAGGUGUGAGCCGCGGCUUCAAAGAACGGCUGCUCUCUCCCCCAGAGAAACCAGCUCCUUACUGCGGACGGCGCGCUUGACUGAGCCUUUGUGGGAGAUGCUAAUGCCAGCACAUUGAGGGGACGGAAAGAUCGAGUGUGAGAUGAGUGGCAUAAGGAAAUAAGAUAUAUUUGAGAAUCGCUGUCACUGUUGGAUUUAAAUCAGUGUUUAAUGUUUAAACAGAAGUAACCUUUUCCUUCCAAACUGCCCAAAGGAUAUGCCUCACCCCUCCCAGCAAGGAAUAAUGUCCUUGUCAUCGCAGGAAGCGAAAUAAAGGGAGCUGGGCAGAGCCUGCAGCAGGCAGCGGCCCACUCAGUGCAGUUAGAGCGUGCAGCUGGCUGCAGCUGCCCGGGGGCGGCAGGAGAGUCUGCCCCACUCCUGUGACUCCCCCUGGAGCACAGCCCUGUCCCCAGAGCAAACCCUGCGCCCGGCUGGCCUUCCUUACGUGGCUCUGUGAGGCCACUGGCUUCUACAGCAUGUAGCUGUCCACAGGGCAUUUACACGGCAAAUUAAUGUUUAAUUAACUCCGCCCAUGCAGGGGGCACAGUCCAGAAGAAUGAUCAGGGCUCCCUCGGGCGCAAUGCGGUACCAGAGGGGUGUUGCAUGGGGCACUGCUGGGGCUGCGAGGUCACGGCACAAGCCCAGGGAGCGGAGCCAGCCCGAGGCUCUGCACGCAGGUGGAGGCAGGAGCUGGUACCUGGUGAUGGGCUCCCCGGGUCCCCUCGCCAGCUGCUGCUCCGUCAGCUAUUGGGGAAAGUCUUCGUAAAGCAAUAGUCCCAGGGCGCUGCGUUCCCCGCCACACACCUAACCACAGAAUAAAGGAAAGGUUGCCUGAGCUUUGUCCCCAAGCUGUGGAUGAGGUGCAGGGUCUGGCUUUGGUGGUGCCCGUCGUGGCACAGGGGGAGUGACGGCCUUUGUGGCACGGCCAGCGUCUUGCUUGACAAAGGGUUCGUUAUGGGGAUGUAAUACUGUGCAGAGAUUUUUACUGUUUCUGGGGAGAAAAACAGGCAAAGAAACAAGAGCAGCCCUGAAGACCCAUGAAGAUCGGUAAUCGUAUUUCUUUUCUUUCACAGUAUGCAUUAGAAAAAAAAAGAGCCCAUUUUCUGGAAUACUGUCCUCUUUAAAUUGGGAAUGAGCACUGCAUGGAAAUUAACCGGCUUGAAGAAUGUAAAACAUGGUCAUAAGGGAGUAACCAACAGGAACAGCAGCCACCACCGAGAGCCCCCUUGUCAGGAGCACUGUGCAGGCAUAAGCCAGGAUUAGACUUUUCCUUGCUGCUGAAACACGCAGAUUCGGCACAUUCAGACACGUUGCGCUCAGCGGAGGGGUCACCUCCUUAACGGGGGAUUGUGCCGCUGACCUGCCGCCACGGUGUGUUUGUUGGUUUGUGUUUUUUUAAGUUAGUCCUUCAUGACUCCCAGUCUCAGAGCAGGUCCCUCGUACCACGAGCCCAGAGAUUUUCUCUGAGAUAUGGAUGACAGUGUACAGUGUACAGGACAUCUGCCUUUUCCUCCCACUAAAGUUUAACCCUGCUGACCGCCUGUCCUAGCUCCUCCUGCCAUGUGUAAAUGUACAGACAAAGGGACUAGGAUGCUCACUGCGCUCUGCACAGCUUAGGUACCGUCUCCAACCUCUCAGUACCCAGGCUGCCCGAGCAGGACGCUGUUUGCCAGUAAGCUCUGCAUUGCCAUGCCACCUCACAGCCGUAAGGCUCAUUAACAGCACUCUUCCACAUGCAAUUGUUUUCAAAAUUAAAGCUGCUUUUUCUUUUUGUAAGCGUUUUUCUGUUGCCUGGAAGCCCUGGGCCAAGCCCGGCGUGGCUGCACCUGCUGCAGCUCUGGUCCUUGGAGGAGCGGACGUGUUGCUCUGCACUGAGGUCUCCGCGCCCAGCCAACGCCUGCGGAGUGGUGCAAUCACACAGCAGACCCCAACAGGAGCUCCUCAGAGAAAAGUAAUCACUAAGCAUUUAUGGCAAGUACAGUCACCUUUGAAUUUGGAGAAUAGCACAGAUGGCUUUGAAGACCCACACAAAACUGACAAGGUUACAACUGGAGAAAGACCCAGACAGGUUAGGAAUACACAGGGUACUGGGAACGGUUCGGUACGUACACUUACCCGCUGCCAUUGUCUCAUACACACUGUAAGAACCCUGCAAAAAGACUAUUUUAAGCUGCUGUUGCCCUGAGAUGUAUUUUUAGAGCUAAUUGUUUUUGAGCUCCAACAUACCGGUGUUGGGAGAGACGAAGUUUUUCAAGAGCCAAGUAACGUAGAGGAAUGGAAACGCUCCCAGAGCAUGGGGCGGGCGCCCCACCAGCAGCGUUCCCAUUCGUACGUGGAAGUAAUGUUGGGAUGCAGUCAGUGCUCUCCGUAAGAGCUGGAAAAAAGAACCACCCACAACACAGUUGUUUAGCACUGAAGCUAAGCAAAGUGCAGCUUAAUCUUCUGCUCAACCACAAGCCAAGGCACUGCUUUUAGAACCUUCUCCCUCCCCCCCUUUAUUUCUUUUCUUUUUUUUUUCCCCAGGAUCUGUCAGAAACUCCUGGUUACCCUCAAAGUUGCAGAUUACUGAACGCGUUGUUCUGCUGAAGUAGCAGGCACACUUAAGUCCUUCCACAGUGAAUUAUUAAAAAACCUUAGACGUUCCAGUGCCAAUACCUUCUGGAGUUGUUGCUUAGUUUCCUGAGCCAGUAUGAAGCAAAACCCAAAUCAGGAAGCGGUCUCGUUACAGUGGCGAGUCCCCCACCCCUCAUCCCUGUGUCGCCUUCCCCUGCAAGUGUCAACAACUGGACCUAACUACCACCCUCCCUGCGAAACGUUGGGGAUAGGGUUUAAGAUCCAGGCUCAGCUCCAACCUGUUACUUCAGUUUGUGUUUCUGUUAUUUAUAAACUGUACAUUUCUGUGUGUGUGUGUGCGUGCACGUGUGUGUGAGCGGGAGCCAGCGAUGUGUGCGGUCAGCGCAGCGGGCAGGGUACCAGCUGCGGCCUCAGCCCUGGGAGCUGGCGCAGCAAUACCGAGGCGAUGACACCGGAGUAAAGCAACCACUACGCGUCACGUUUUGUGAUCUGCUCCGUUUCCUUUUCCAUUCUUGCGCUUUCUACAAUAAGAAGCUGUUCUAGUGCAAACUUGUCAAAGUGUAAACAACACUAAAACACUCAGAUUUUUAUCUUAAUACAAGUCUUAAUAUUUUUUUGUAAAUGUUUUCCGUGUUUACUGUAACGUAUCUAUCUCACUAACAGUUGUAUAUAGUAAUUUACUUCUGGUGCUGCUUAUUUGGUCAGGAUUUGGCUGUAUCGAUGCUGUCUAGGUGAGGUGGACUCCAGCUAGCAAAUUUGGAUCCAGCCACAGGUUAUGAGCCCACCUCUUCCCCUUGGGCAUCCGAGGGAAAGGGAAGGGAGAAAAGCCAAGGAUCCAGAUUUGGGGUUGGCCCACCUCAGGGAUUCUGUUUUAAGAGUUAUGAUUUGGGGUUUUGUUAAACUGUAGUGAACGCUGCUGAAAAAAAUGAGCAAAGUUUUGUGUAAACGGGGAUGAAAAGGACUGAACAAUACCCCACCAUCUCCGCUGACCCCAGGUACCAUCUUUUUGGACAGGGUUUAUGGCUCAAGUUCAGUGCCAACCAACUGGAGGGACCUAGGUCCUUCCCCACGCCAGUUAACACUACAGUGUAGUCACCAGCCCCUUUUGCAAAGCCUGCUGCCAUCCAAAGAGCCCUUUGUCACUGCAUUGUCCUUUGAGUCUGGUUGGGUUUGUUUUCUGCUUUUGCAGCUGUGAAGCACUGAUUGCACUGUGAGAACGCGCUGAAUCCUCCGGCCGGGCAGGCAGCCCGGUGGGUCGCGCAGGGUGCAGGAUGCAGGUUCUGCUGCUGCAGGGAGGCUGAAGGGAGAAGGGACUCAGUGGGCCUGAGCGAGGCACCACAGGCACCCCUAGGAAAGAAAUGGGCAAGCAGUCCGUAGGCUUUUCCUGUUACUUAAGUCCAUACCACAACGUAAC